AUGACGAUGGACAGUCGUGGUGAAGCGAACGGCGGCGUCGUGACUCGGCCUGCGGUCCGAUUGGUGCCCAUUCCUCCCAGCUCAAGCUCUAGUCCACGCUCGAGCCCGAAUCCCAAUUCCCAUUCGAACCCGACGAGCCCCAACCUGCACCUUGAUCCGAUCCCACCACCACCCAAACGCCUCGUACGCGACCCGCCGAAGGCCUACACUCCGUAUAGCGAUGCGAUGCCGCCGACGAAAGAAGGCUUGUCGGGCUGGUUUUCGCGCCACGGCAAGCAGAAGGGGACGGUGGCCUUAGAAAAGGGCAUCGCCUGGUCAGAUUGGCUCGGCGUUAAGAUGAACGGUUGGGCCGAGGCGGUGAGUUUUUGGUGCUUCACGCUGCUACAGAAUCGAGCUGUUCUUCGAGGAACAUGCCUUCUGCCGUGGGAGCCGUGGGCGCCGCGGGCGGAUCGCGCGAGGCAGAGAGUUUCGGCAGUUGCGAAGGUUCGGCUUAGCAGAUGCACGCUGUCUUGAUCCGUAUGCCGGAGCGGAGACUCGGCUCUGCGGGUGUUGGUGGCAACAGGCUUGUGGCAAGGGUAGGGAGCACUGGCGUGCGUCGCUUUGAGGUCAGAAACACGCCGCUCGCGGUCCGGCUCGUGGCGCAACAUCAAUCACCACGGAGCGAAACGGCCGCGGGAAUCUCGAGAUCACGUGCGCGCUCGGGGCCAAAACUGACCGCCCUCCCCCCUCCACCCCUCUGCCCCGAUCGGUAUCGACACUUCCCCAGACCGGCUCGGAACGGUUCUAUCCGGUAACGGGGGACUUUACGGCCGAGUUGGAAAAAGUGACGAGGAUUCUGCAGUCCUUUACCGUCGACGGGAUCGAAGGUGCCGUAGACGUGGAAUCGAAAACCGCUUCCGGAGCGCCUCGCAAGGUGCAGAAGAAAGUCAUUAGGUUCGUUCGCGGCCCCGUGCCCUACGCUUGCCCUCCGGGCGGUCGGUGCGUGGGCAAGACUGACUCUAGCUUAGGUUUCUCCAAACCCAGGAAAAUCCCGGCCAAGGUCAUUCGGGAGGCCAAAGGGGUUGCCAUCUUUACCAGCAUGCGUUCCGGCAUCGCUCCUCUGGGAGGCGCCGGUGGGGCCGGAAUGGUGAUUGCCCGCCUCGAGGACGGAAGUUGGUCCGCCCCGAGCUCAAUGAGCCCCAACAAUCUCAGUUUCGGGCUGAUGUUGGGUGUAGACAUAUAUGAUGCUGUCUUGAGUCAGUCACCAGACACCAGGGAGGAGGCGAUAGCGACGUAUCUCACGCUGACCAAACAUCCUGCGCUUGCCUGCCUGUACGAGCAGUUCUUCGAACUGCGGAAGUGCUUGACGCGUUCAUGGGUCGUAGGUUCACGAAGAGCAUGCCUCACACGCGUACUCGUCAGAAUGCUGAUCAGUCCCUUGCCACUUCGCCAGAUACCGUUACCCUCGGCGCGGAGCUCGGUGUCGCCGCUGGCCCCUAUGGCGCUGGCGCAGUCGCCGAAACGGGGAAAAGUCGAGUGCCAAUACUAAGCUACCGUGCGUGAAACAGACCUGAUCCGACCGAGCUAGCGCCGUACAUCGCUCGAGUUUGCUCACGCCACACCCCUAUGUCUCUUCCUCUGCGUUCUGCCCGCAGUCCGGAGUCGAGGAAUGUAUGCUGGUGUCGAGGCGGUCGCGCAAAUCUACGUCACGCGCAACGAGGAGAACGAGAACGCGUACUUCUGGCCCGGCAUUACCCCACGCGACAUCCUUACGGGCAAAGUGCGCGCGCCCCGCGAAGCCGAAGCACUGCACCAGGCGCUCGAGGCAGCCGAGACCGGCGAGGCGCAGCGGGCCAACGGCGACGAGUUCGAGUUUGAACAGCCCUUUUUCGAGUCCGAGGAUCUGGCCUCGUCGUUGGGUGAAGGGGAGGUGUUAAGGUUACCGCCCACACCGGCGCAGGUCGAGGAGGAAGAAGCGGAGGAGAGUAGGGCCGAAGCGAUCAAAGAGAGAAGCGAGAAGAGGUAUCUGAGGUAA